AUGUGUGUUUUGCUUUGCAGGAGUCUGGCCAUUGCAGCCAUGCUGAUGUAUGAUUACCCUCUGAAGACAGACAUGGAGACGUCAUUCUACUCAUCGUUAGUGAAAACCCCGGAGCCGUACGGUGUCAUCUUCUCCCACCCGGCCCACCUUUACCACCACAACCACAUGCCGGCUCUCACCCAGCCACACCCAGCCAGCCCGUCGCACACCCAGAUGGAGCCUGUGGACCUGUCUCUGAGCAAGCGCUCGUCUUCCAGCACCACCUCCUCGUCCUCCUCUCCUCGCUGCUCAUCUGCCUCCUCUCCGGCCUCUUCGCGCAGCACCCCGCCGUCACCUUACAGCAGCUCCGGGCGUGUUUCCCCGCGUCGUUCCCCUCAGCUGACCCAGCGGCACUCCUCGCCGUCCCACGCUCUCCCUCCGCCCGGCGCUUCGCUAUCGUACCCCGCCAUGGUGGCUCCGCUGAUGGGAUCUGGGUCGGGGGUCAUCCAGAGCUCGGGGGUAAUGGUCUCUCCGGUCAUGGUGCCUCUGUCUGUCCUGUACCCCUCUCCUCUCCACCUGCACCAACCCAUCAUGGUGAGCCCACCUCUUACCUCGAAUGAUGAUCCUCAUCAUCACCAUCAUCAUCGAAGCAGAGACCACAAGACUGUACAAUCUACAAAGUCAUUGGAAGGACGAGGCGAUGCCCACGACGUGCUCAAGCGAAUCAAAACUGAGCCUCAGCCUGAACUCAUUCAUGAGCACCACAGCACCCACGACAUCAAGUCAUCCGUCAUCAGGAUACAACAUGAAUAUGAGGGCAACAACCCAUCAGUCAUUGUCCAUUCAGCCAGCCAACAUCCUAUCCCCGCUGACUCUCCAGACACAUUGAAGAAAAGAAGAAUCCACCGCUGCGAUUUCUCCGGUUGCAACAAAGUCUACACGAAAAGUUCGCACCUCAAAGCACACCGCAGGACCCACACUGGUGAGAAACCGUACAAGUGCGUUUGGGAAGGCUGCACAUGGAAGUUUGCCCGGUCGGACGAGCUCACUCGACACUUUCGCAAGCAUACGGGCGUCAAACCUUUCCAGUGUCCUGACUGCGAGCGCAGCUUCUCUCGCUCAGACCACCUGGCCUUGCAUAAGAAACGCCAUCUUCUAGUGUGA